AUGGAGGAGGCGCAGCGUAAGGCGGACGAGAUGCUGGCGGAGCUGCAGGCGGGGAGCGGAGCGGAGGAGAAGGCGGAGCGGAUGGAGGCGGCGGUGGAGUACUUGGCGGGCCUUCCGCCCGACAUGCGCGCGACCGUGCUGCCCGACGCGCUGCCGCGCCUGUUAGAGCUUCAGGCGGACUCGACGUUUCUCGUCCGGAAAAACUCGGUCGAGCUCUUCUACCGCCUCGGCUCUUCCAUAAAGCAUCGCGACGCCUCUGCGCUCAUGGCCUCCGCGCUCGCCGCCAUCAUCCGCUCCUGUCCGCCCAUGCCCCUCCCCGCGCCCCCCCCUUCCGCCGCCUCCGCGCCCCCCGCGCCGUCCCCUGCUACUGCUGCGGCGCUCACGCCUCUGCCCGCGCGCCUGGCCCCCGCGGCUGUGGCGACCACCAAGGCAGUCAAGCACGCCAUCUCCGCUGCUUCUGCCCUUGUCAAAGGCGCCUUCGCUGCUGUCACUCCCGUUACAGGCGAGCCCCAGGCGUGGUCAGAGGCAUGGGAGCAGGUAGCAGCGCUGGUGCCGCUGAUAAGGGACAUGCUGCCAGGGCAGUACCCGGACAGCGUGCGCGUGCAUGCAGUGGGCUUCACAGAGAUGCUCGUUCUGCUCGGCCGACCAGGCGGCAAAACUGCUGCUGCUUCUUCUUCUUCUGCUGCUGCUGGUAGUGGUGGUAACGGCAGCAGUGGGCAGAACGGGAGCAGCGGAAGGGACGGGGCGGAUGGCACAGACAUGGCAAACGGAGUGUUGCAUCUCCCCGACCCUGACUCCGACCCAUGGCUUAAAGCCCAGUCCCUCGCCUCCCUCUCCGCCCUCACCUCUCUGCUGCAACCCCCCGCAGUCGCCUCGCUCUCCCCCCCGCUCCUCCUUACGCUCACCAGCAGCCUUGCUGGUAUCGCCCGCCGCUGCCCCGCUCUUUAUAGUUACAUUGUGCCGGCGCUGGUGGGGAUUGUGCCGCCCACUGCCACGUCAGCGGCGUCGGCGCCGGUGGCGGUGCCAAGUGGGGAGGAGAGUGGGUGUGGGGUGGUGCAGCAGCUGCUGCAGGCGUCGGGUAGUGUGAGGCAUGGCGUGCGGGCGGCGCUGCUUGUCAUGUUGCGGCUCAUGCCGCUCGCUCCAGGCGGGAUGAAGUGGCGGGACUGCUUAACAUCACUCCUGAAGGAGUCACUGGGAGCAGGAGAGGCCGUCGACUCAUCUCUAAGGCACAUCGACCGCUCCCUUCGCAACUCUGCCGCUGCUGCCUCUGCAGCUGCAGCUGCCGCCGCCGCCGCCGCUGCUGCUGCUGAUGGUCCCUCUGGUGCUUCUGGUGUUUCUGUGGGGGGUACUGGUGCGGGUGGGAGUGGUGGUGGGGCUGGGAGUGGUGGUGGGGCUGGGAGUGGUGCUGCUACUGCUGGUGGAGGAGGUGGUGGGGGGGGCGAGGGAGCAGCAGCAAAGGCGUCUGCAGGGUCAGGGAAGGCUGCUGGCCGGCCUGCUGAUCCACGGCGCAUCCGACCGUCCACUGCUGCCCAAGCCAGCACAGCCACUCCUGCUGGUAAUACACCAGCAACAGCAGCAGGAGGAGCAGGAGGAGACAGGAACACAGCCGCAGCAGCAGAAGCAGCAGCAGCGGCGGCAGCAGCAGCAGCAGCAGAGGCAGUAGCCGUAGACCCAUCAGCAGCUACCCUGCCAGUGGAGCAGCUGGUAACCCUUCUGAGUGCGCUGGUGGCGAGGGGCAGCGAGGGCAUGCUGGCAGUGGAUGCUCUGAUCGCCUCUCUGCCCCCCGGCAUGCUGGCCGACCUGGUCAUUGAAUUCAUGCAGCACCUCCCUCCCUCUCCCCCUCCCGCUGCUGCCGCUGCGGGUGCUGCUGCUGCUGAAGGCGCUGCUGCUGGUGCUGGUGCUGGUGCUGCUGCUGGUUCUGCUGGUGCUGGUGGUGAUGGUGCUGGUGCUGGUGGUGAUGGUGCAGGUGCUGGUGGUGGUGGUGAGGAGGAGGGAGUGGUGGAUGGUGAUGGGAAGAGGGAGGCUGGCAGGGGUGGUGCGCGUCGCCAUGACCCUCGAAGAGUGAAGGCCAAGGCAGAGGAGGCCACUGGUGCUGCUGCUGCUGCUGUAGCAGGCACUGUGAAGGAUGAGCAAGGGCUACAGCCGCCGCUACAUCCUGCAGCAGACAGGACAACAGAUGCCACACGCCCCAAGCCAGAAGACGCAGGCUUGCAGACUGGCCUCCCUGCUUCUGCUGCUGCUGACACAUCUGCUAUCGUUCCUACUGCUGCCACCACCGCUGUUGCUUCUUCUGCUGCUGCUUCUGGUGUCUCUGGUGCGUUGGUGCCAGUACCCUCCACCCCUGUAGGUCCUCCAGCCGCCCCUCUCCCUCCCCGCCUUGCAGCCUACCUCUCGGUCCCACGCACCCCCGUGGCCCUGGUUCCACUCUCGCCGCCCCAGCUGGCUGCAGCUCAGCAGGCAGCAGUGUGCAGAGUCGUGGCGGGGGGUUGCAGAGCGGUGCUGCUGGGUGAAGCGGGGCUGUGGGUGGCGCUGCUGGUGGGCAUGGUGAGGGGAGCAGAGGAGGAGGAGCAGCAGCAGCAGGUGCUGGAUGCGCUGUUGAAUUACCUGCUGGCAGACUACAACCGGGUCAAGCAGCAGCAGCAGCAGCAGCAGCAGGUGCUGGAUGCGUUGCUCAACUACCUGCUAGCAGACUACAACCGGGUCAAGGUUGUGCUCUCCGUGCGGCGUGCUCUUACAGGCUCGCAGGUUGUGCUCUCCGUGCUGCAUGCUCUCGCACUGGAUCACUCUUCCCCUCCGCCCUCCUCCUCCUCCUCCUCCUCCUCCUCCUCCAACGUCCCUGCUCUCCCUGCACCCCCACCAACGUCGUCAUCACCCGCAUCGGCACAAGAUGCUUCAGCAGCAGGAGCAGCAGGAGCAGCAGCAGCUGGCGAUGCUAUGCAAGUGGAUGGCAGGGGCCUGGGGGGUGCCACUGCUGCGGGUGCUGCGACUGCCGGUACUGCUACUCUUGCCACCAAUCCAGCUGGCGGCGCGAAGGACUUGGUAUCUCCUCAGAUCCCUGCUCUCUACACGUCGUUCUUCUCUCGCGUGCUGAAGUCCCUCCUCUCGCCCUCCUCCGCUGCUGCUGCUGCUGCACCUGGCGGGCUCAAGUCCCUCCUUCUGCCUCUCUUUGUUGAAGCGCCCUUCCUCCCACCCGUGCUUCUGAACCUGCUGGGGCAGGCGUGUGGGUUGGAGGGCCUUGGGCGGAGGGAGGGCGAGAGGGGGACAGGCGGAGAAAGGGGGGCUGGGGCUGGGAGAAAGAGGAGAUUAGAAGAGAGGGGUGAUGGGGAUGAGGGGGAAAAGGCAAGGGAUGUGGAAGGAGGAAAGGGGGAGGGAAGAGAAGGAGAGGCGGGAGACCGGAGAGAGCCGGGAGAUGGGGCAGAGGGAGGGGAAGCGGAGCAGGACCCAGAGGGACCAAGGUCAGAGGAAGAGGUAAAGCAGGUGAAAGAGUCCCUCGUGGUGCUCUGGCGGCUGCUAGUGCUGCGCCCGCCCGUGCGCAGGAGAUGUCUGGCCAUGGCUUUACAGUGUGCAGUGCACCCGCACCCGGACAUCCGAUCCAAGGGCGUGGCGCUGGUGGCCAACCGCCUCCACGCCCUGCCGUACCUCACAGUGCCCAUCGAGCGGUAUGCACUCAAGCAGCUGCUGUCUCUGCCCACCAUGGCUCUGCCGGCACCGAUGCCGGUUUCUGCUGCUGCUGCUGAUUCUGCUCCGGGUGCUGCUGGUGGUAAUGCUGCUGCUGGGGAUGCUGGUGGUGCUGGGGAUGCUGGUGGUGGGAAGGAAGGAGUGGGAGGGGAGCAGGGAGGGGCAGCAGGGGAAGCGGGGCAGGCAGGCGAGGGAGGGGCGGCGGGGCAAGCAGGUGGGGGAGGGGGAGGGGGAGGUGCAGCGGCGCAGCUGUCAGGGGAGCAGCAGAAGGCAGUAGGGCACGAGGUGGAGAGGCGACUGGCGCUCUUCUGUGCGCUCUGCUCCCGGAGUGCACCACCCCGCUUGCUCACGUUGCCUUCCGCUCACACUCGCAUCACCUCCCCUCUGUUUCUCCCAUCCCUACUAGUGGAUUUCUUCUGGGUGUUCGGGGCAAGUCAAACCCGUGGCCAAGGGGUUGACUUGAUCCCAGUGGCCAAGUGGGUUAUGUUUGUGUUGAAGGCAUUCACCUCUUGCUGCUCUCCCUUCCGACGCUCCUCUCCUCCCCCCUGCCCCUUAAUGCACCAUGCAACAGAGACCAUCUCUACUGGCGGAUUUCUUCCGGGUAGACCAUCCCUACUGGCGGAGUUCUUCCGGGUGUUUGGGCAAGUCAACCCCGUGGCCAAGCGGGUCAUGCUGCGCGACCUGCUGCCGCCCAUGCUCGCCACACUCCCCCCCACCACUCCCGACCUCCUCACACUCAUCUCCAACCCCCCAGAGGGCUCAAUGCGCCUCUUGCUCAAGCUGCUGCACUGUGUGGCGGACCCACCACGCCCGUCCGCCCUGCCCCCGCCCUUCAUCGCUGCAGUCAAAACCCUCUCUGCUGCCAGGCCCGUGACGUCUCAAAAGUCAACUCACUUCACACCGUCAUCCCCUUGUCACACCACUUACGCCCCUUUCUCCCUGCCACUCCAGGAGCCAGAGCUCCUCAUUCCCAUCCUGCCCUUCCUCUCCAAAAACGAGGCUCUGGAGGUGUUUCCGCGCCUGCUGCACCUGCCUCUGGAGCUCUUCAAGAUCGCUCAGGACCGCCUGCUGCAGGGCUCCCCUCACACGCCGCCAGCGCUAACAGCAGUGGAGCUUAUGACCACACUGCACGCUGUGCAACCCAAGAGGGACAACGUUCCGCUGAAAAAGAUCAUGGCGGUGUGUUCCUUCUGCAUCUCGCAGCGCGCCAUCUACACACAGCAAGUCAUCGCCAAAGUGCUCAACCAGCUGGUCGGACAGACGCCCCUCCCCAUGCUACUCUUCCGCACCGCCAUGGAGUCUGUCGCAGCCUUCCCUGACAUUGUCAGAUCCGCACUGCCCUCCUCAAUUCUCUCUGCACUGCCCUCCUCACUGCCCUCCUCACUGCCCUCCUCCUUGCCCUCCUCACGCCCUUCUUAUUGCCCUCCUCACUCCCCUCCUCACUGCCCUCCUAAUCUGUUGCACAAGUUUAAGAUUCCCACAUUUGUCUUGCACCCUGCUAUCCCCUUUCACACCACCUUGCUUCUUUGUUUUUCUACACGCCGUCUGGCAUCGUUUGUGGCGGACAUACUCUCGCGCCUCAUAACCAAGCAGGUGUGGAGAGCCCAUCCACAGCUGUGGCUGGGCUUCAUCAAGUGCUGCCUCGUUACAAAGCCUCUCUCUUUUCCUGUCCUCCUACAACUGCCAGCAGCACAGCUGGAAGAUGCGCUGAAUCGAGAGCCGUCGCUCCGCCCCGAACUUGCUGCACAUGCCGCACAACCAUCCGUGCAGCCCUCCGUUCCCCGAGCGUCCCUGGUCCUUCUGGGAGUCAUCACACAAGAUCUUGGAGACGCUCCAGCUGCGGGAGCUUCGGCAAUUGCUACUGCUUAG